CAAGUCUCAUUAGAAGUUAGAACGUUGAACCUACUUUCAUUCGAACGUGAUUAGUGAAUGGGAUAUAACUACCACCACGCCGCAAUCCUAUAAUUAGUGGUGUUAGUAGUUAGAACUUAGUGCGUCCUAUAAUUAUCGUUAAUCACAAAACACACUAUCGAAUAACCAUACUAAAUAGCGUGUAGUUUGUAUAUGAUAAUGUACUUUGGUAAGAGAAAGCGGUGGGCCAAUGAGGGAGGUAAAGAGAGCGGGCCCAAAACAAAAAGCCCAACAACUCAGCAGGAAAACCUUGGCCCACCCAAGAAAACUGACAAAAUGGCACCGAGAGAAGCAACUUUCCCCUAUCUUCUUCCUAUCCCUAAUCUUCCAUUCUCCUCUUCAUCAGUCUCUCCUCGACUACUCCCGCAGCCAUGUCACCGCCGGGUCCCGUCAUCGAAGCCGUUGAGCCUGAGACCACCGAGCAGGUCGUCGCCGUCGAAGAGAAGAAGAAGCUCGCUCCUUCUCAGAGCGAUGAGCCCAUCGUGGAGGACGUGAAGGAAGAAGACGAUAAGGACGACGACGACGAUGAAGAUGACGACGACGAUGACGAUGACAAGGAAGACGACUCCCCUGGUGCUAAUGGCAGCUCGAAGCAAAGCAGAAGUGAGAAGAAGAGCCGUAAGGCGAUGCUGAAGCUUGGCAUGAAGCCUGUCACUGGUGUUAGCAGGGUCACCAUUAAGAGAACCAAGAACAUACUAUUUUUCAUCUCGAAGCCAGAUGUGUUCAAGAGCCCGAACUCUGACACCUAUGUCAUAUUCGGUGAGGCCAAGAUUGAAGACUUGAGCUCCCAGCUGCAGACACAGGCAGCCCAGCAGUUCAGGAUGCCCGACAUGUCUUCCAUGCUACCGAAAUCCGACCCUGCUGCAAUCGCUGCUGCGGCGACGCAGGCGGAUGAGGAAGAUGAAGAGAUCGACGAGACCGGAAUCGAGCCCCGGGAUAUCGAUCUGGUCAUGACACAGGCGGGAGUUUCAAGGGCCAAGGCUUGCAAGGCCCUCAAGACCCACAGCGGCGACAUUGUCAGCGCCAUCAUGGAACUCACCACUUAGAGAGACUCUGAACUAUCCAGCAAGCAAGUGACUCUGUUUUUUUUUUUUUUUGGGAUCUAGUUUAGAAUUGCUCCUCUUGUGACAAGAGUUAUCUAUUUGUUUCUUCAUUUGCGAAGAACUUGGUAUCUUUCCGUUAAGUUUUUUGGGUAGAGACUGGAACCGAGUUAUAGACGGCAUUAUGUGUCAUAUCUUUAAUAUCAUCUGUGUGUCAAAUUGCAUUGGAUCGGCCAAUUUUUGAGUGGGAUGUCUUGGUAAGUUAUCUUUAUUACUGUAUGUAUCACAAAAAAUGAUACAUUAUAUAAUUUCAACUAAGCGGUCGUUUGGAAGUUGUGAUUUCAAAUGGUGUAUUGAUCUAAUUCAUGUAUUUGUGAGAUUAAAUCGUUUUUUUGGUUUAUAUAGAACUAGAAUACAUGCAUUGACUUUUUGGAGGCCCCACCACAAUCACUCAAUAUUGAGAGAUUUACAAUCUCUACUUUUUGGUGAGAUUCUUCACAAUCACUCAAUACUAACUUUUUGUACCUUUGGAACAAACACAAUCUAAACCUCCAAACAAGAUAUUUACCUAAUACAUCAAUUGAUUCAAUCCAUCAAAUGAUAAUAGACUAAUUGUCUAGUACAUCAAUUUGAAGAAUCACAACUUCCAAACAACCCCUAAAAGUUGAGAUUAUUGUAAUUGUUGGUUUAGAUUUGUGUCAACUUUUUCUUUCCAUUUAUAUCCCAAUAGUUUUUGUCUUAUUCUAAAAGUUGAGGGUAAAUGUGACAUUUCCCCAUAAAAGUAACUUUAUGUAAAUCAAUGCAUAUAGUAGAAUCUCAACAACCAAACAAUGUAUUGUUAAAAUGCAUCCAUUGUAUCAAUACAUGCAUUUAUAUUAUGGUGAUUCAUUACAAUGCAACGAUUUAACAUUCGCAACUUCCAAACGACCCCUAAGUCAAAUUGUUCAAAAUUAGUGAUCAGACCUUGCCAGUUGACAUAAACAUAUUCAAGAACGAACGCUACAAAAAGCUGACAAACCCGUCAAAUAGUGAAGAUAUGAUCUGUAACCUAUCUGACUCAUAAUUAAUCAACUUACUAUUCAGUUCAUCCUGCUCGUUACUCAAUUACUCUAUACCUUUACAUGAUUGACUCGUGAUCCAACUAACUCACUAUCCAAAUAAUUCGCAAAUACAACAACCAAUUAGGCUUGUUACACUAAAAUUGAAAUAAUAUCGAUUACCGUAUAGGAUACUUAAAGAAAGUUGAAAUAAUAUCGAUUCGGUCAAUUCACAAUCGGAAGACGACGAUGAAGAUGACGAGGACGACGAUUAUGAAGAUGAUGAGGACGACGACGACGACGAGGAGGAAGACUGCUCCCCAGGCUCGUUACCCAUCCUUUCUUCGGUUUUAGUGAACUAUUGACGUUAUUGAAAUGCCGUAUCUGCGUCCGUAGUGUAUUUUAUGUUGAAAUCGUGGUUCAGAGUGUCCGUUGGUAGGGUAUUUUAUAUUGAAAUAGUGGUUCAGCUGCUUCAUACCCUCUACUGGUUUAGCUUCUGGUAGAAUGUUUUCCUGGUCAAACCGUCGAUACGGUAUGAUUUUCAAUCUUUGGUUUUGAGUUCAGAUCACAAUAAUGGAGCCACGUUACAGUUAGGAGGGACUAUAGUCCCCUCAACUCUCAAAAUUGUGUAAAUUUACGUGUAUAUUUUGCAAUAGAUUUGAAAAUUAAAU